AUGGCUCAGUGCUUCAACCUUUCUGCCGGCCCGGAUACGGACAUCUGGAAGAAGCCUCCUACCAAGGAUGUAUUCAACGCCCCCUUCACAACGCACUCGUCCAACCCCAUGGGCCAGUUCCGCUCCGCCCAGGUCACCUUCUCCGCCGCGUACACGCAGCGGUACGACCAGGCCGGGCUGCUCUUCCGGCUGACGCACCCGACGCAGCCGGCGCAGCGGAAAUGGGUCAAGACGGGCAUCGAGCUGUACGAGGGCCGUCCGCGGCUGUCGACCGUCAGCUGCGACACCUGGGCCGACUGGAGCGUCGGGCCCGUGGCGGACGCGGGCGAGGUCGCGACGGGCCGGCGCGGCGUGACGGUGCGGGUGCGCAGCGAGGGCGACGACAACGGCCGCAGCUGGUGGGUGUACUGCGUGGACGGCGAGACGGAGACGCCGCUGCGCGAGAUUUGCUGGGUCGCCGACGCGCAGUACAACGGCUGGACGCUGGACGUGGCCGCGCUGGCGGCGAGGCCGGCCAAGGAGGGCACGGAGCAGCUGCACGCCAAAUUUGACGACUUUACGGUGGAAUGGGCAUAG